AUGUCGACUGGAGUAGCAAGUACUUGGAAGGAGCUUUACAAUGCGACGGCUAAAGCAGCAGAGUACAACGCUAACGAACGUCGGAAUUUUUCGAGAUGUCUUCCAGGAACGCGUACAGAACUCCUCAAUGACCUACAGGAUGAUUUCGGCCAAGACGGAAGGAAGAUUGUAUGGCUCUUCGGCGAUUCGGGAACGGGAAAGUCCAGUGUCGCCCACACCAUUGCCCAGCGGUUGAAGGAGCAGGACCGACUGGCGGCUACGUUCUUCUUUUCGAGAAAACAACGUGGUCGGAGCAAUCCAAACCAAGUCCUCUCCACUAUUGCCUAUCAGAUCGGCUGCCUUCACCGUCGAGCCAAGGAAGCCAUCGUUCGUGCUAUCGAGGACGAUCCCGGACUACUUGACGACGAUCACCCACGCGACGAUCAAUUCCGAAAGCUGGUUCAAGAACCGCUACGAAACCUCAAGAGUUCUUGGACGGAGGCAAGGUCCAUCAUAAUAGACGCAGCUGACGAAGCAGAGCCUCCGCAACCUUGGUUUACUAGAAGUGCAAUCGUGCCAAUGGUUUUGACUCUUAACGACUUACUUCGGGACCACAACGUUCCCAUCUCUCGUAUACUGAUUACCAGUCGUCCUCUCCCACUAUAUCUCGGACUCCAAGAAAACGAAGACGUUCGAGAUUUCAUGUACCCGAUUCACAUUGAAGACUUCGAUGCCACUCCAGACAUCGAGUUAUACCUUAGGGAAUCAUUCAAUUCUAUCCACGCUUGCAGGCAGCUUCACUUUGUUCGCCAGAGACCAUGGCCAACUCAGGAUAUUCUCGCCUCCUUAUCCAGUCACGUCCAUGGGCGGUUCAUUACCGCGGCGACCAUUGUUCGUUGGGUAGAGGCAGCGGAGCAUCCAGUCGACUGCCUUAAUCUCGUAUCAAAUUUGUACAACGGACGAGUGGACACCAUCGAUAUUGACCUUCGCAGUUUCGACUCUCUCUACCACUACAUCCUGUGCCAAGGUACCGAAGACGAUCUUACACAACAACGAGCCGGAGCCGAGCUUUUGUCCGACAUCGCUGCAUUAGCUCAGCCUCUGUCGGCAUCCACCAUCAGUAUACUGUUGGGUAUAGACGUUCGGAAACAAACCGCCCGCUUAGCUGCCAUCAUCAAUGUGCCGCCGCUGGAUCCUGUCCAAAUUUAUCAUCCUUCUCUCAGAGACUACCUAGCGGAUGAAUCUAGGUCACAGUACCUAUAUAUUCAGCCCUGCGACUCGCAUAAUCGCUUGACGCAGUGGUGCUUCCGAACCUUCAGGUCCACGUUGCCGGAUCACCCUCGAGAUGUUUCGCCCGCUUUGCAGUAUGCACUGGACUACUGGACAUUUCAUCUACUCCAUUCUGGUCAAACGCCCGAAGCGAAUGGGACAGAGUACGGAGGCCAUGAGAUCCCUGAGUAA